CAACCCUAAACUCUGGCACCGUCACCACCGCUUUGGCAACGCCACGCCCUGGAUCCCUAACCCUCUCCAUGCCAUCGCGAUCCAUUCAUGCGGUAUUAGGGAACGUGGAGGAUUCCUCAUAUCGGAACAUCGAUACCUUUAUCGAAUGACUCGAGUCGUAACACGACAAGCCGUCUUCUCUGCUUGCAGGGCGUCCAUAGCCUCCGCCGCUCUUUUCCUGCCAUGAUCGCGGAAGAUGGCCCAGGCUCUCCACGAUCGCAGUUGGACUCACGAACCCACGAGGUCGUAGGGUCAUCUCAGAGCACGCUUCCGCAAGCCUUCACGGGGAUUCCCAUCGAAAAGUUCCACUAUGAAGGUCCGGCAACUCCAGACGACGUCGACAUCGGGCCCCUCCCCGACUCGGGGGCCACUGACAUCGCCCUUGCGACUCUGUCCACCCUACCGACACCUCUGCUUGUCCUCUCAUCCAAAAAGACUGUGAUACUUGCGAAUUCAGCUGUGGGGAGGCUGCUGGGAAUAGAUCAGAAUGGUGUUAAUACUACCGUGACCGACAUAUUGAAAGGCCAGACACUGUCCCAGAUAGGGAUUGAUAUGUUCUCAGAUGGCGCACCGAUCUGGGUCAGUUGGGAGAAAUUUCUCGAUAACCUUGCUACUGGCCUGGACUCUGCUGAGGGAGGAGGAGGUUCUCCAGGAGAACUGCUGCCAGGGUUACAGAGCGGUGACUCUACCCCAACGUCGACACCAAAUCCUCAAAGAGGCCGGUCGCCUACUCGGAGCAGGACGCGGAAAAGCCAGGACACUGUCGUCGAUGUGGCUUUCUCCUCCCAAUUCAAUGGCCAGAACCACACGAAUCAUGGCCGUAGAAGGGAAAUGUCCGGUCAGAACCGCUCUCGCCGCGCUACAUGUCGGAUGAUCAUCAGUAUAUGGACCCUGGAAGGGCAGCGGUUCUAUACUCUCACAUUUACGAGCAUCGGGAGCCACUCGUCGUCACAUCGUCCUCAUGCACAAACAAUUGCGGCACAUCGCAAUCCCUCCUCAAACUCAAAUUCCACGAAAUCCUCUCAAUCUUCUCACAACAACACCCCGAGCUCGACUGCUACCCUAUCAGCCCUUGCGUCGCACUCUGUUGACUCGACCGAUGGUUCGCGAUUGCUUCCAGGCAGUGCUCCGACGACGAAUUAUGUGCAAUCGCCGGCUUUUGGCAAUUUCCAGAAAGUCCUCAAAAUGAAAAAUGCAAUGCUGAGGGCCAUCGAGAUUCCUCUGAUAGCGAUGUGGAAAGAUGAGAGCGUAGUCUUUCCUAAUUUGGCCGCUCGGCGACUGCUGGCUGUUGAUAGCGAUCCAACAUCGGACGAGUCCUAUGAUUUUCUGUCCAGGUUCAAGCCGUGGACAGCCGAUUUUUCACACGAACUUGUGGACGAUGAUAAUCCCAUCAUCGCUCUUUGCCGAACGCAAGAAGCCUUCACCAGUUGGCAAAUCGGUUUGAUUAAUGAGAAAAGCGGUAAAAAAUCAACCUUUGAUGUGAGCGGGCACCCAGUCUUUGAUGAAAAGUCGGGGGAAUUCCUAGCCGGAAUGAUCGCUUUUAAGGAUGUCACAUCAUACACGGACAAAAUCGCUUCUCAAGCCGCCGACAAGGAGGAUUGGUUUCGUAUCGUAUGCGACAAAAUGCCAGCCAUCUGCUGGACGACCAGAGCCGACGGAUACAACGAAUACUUUUCUAAGCAGUGGUAUGAAUAUACCGGCCUAAGACCAGCCGACACUGAGGGUUUCGCUUGGACCGCUCCUUUCCAUCCCGACGAUAUGCCCGAAACUCAGCGCCGUUGGCAACAUUCCCUCGCCACGGGUGACAAAUACGAAGUACAUUAUCGUUGUCGAAAUCGUUACGGUGAAUAUCGGUGGAUGCUUGGAAGCGCCGUACCACUGCGUGAUGAGAAAACUGGAAAGAUCAUCAAAUGGAUUGGCAGUAUCACGGAUGUACAGGAUAUUGUUGAUGCCAAGGUGGCAGGACAAAGAGCUCGUCAAAACCUGAUAGACGUACUGACCCAUUCGCAAAUGAGUCUGUUCAUCAUCAACCGCGACGAAACUGUCACCUUUUUCGAAGGCUCUUUCCUCACUGACGAUGACGGUAAGGAUGACAUUGUGGGAAAGUCAAUCUACAAGUCGUACAGCAAAUACGUCAAGGAUGAUUCCCUUAUCGACUUCAGGGAUGCACUCAGGCGCAUUCUGACAGGAAAAUCGAGCCUCGAGAUUGUCGAGAACGAGGUCAACUCAAGAUGGUUCCGGUCGAAACUCGUUCCGUUGAAGGGGAAGAAGGAUGCUAACGGCCAUGGAGAUGAGAAUUUUAUUAUUGGAGUGAUUGGGAUAGGUACCGAAGUUACCCAGCUGCGUCAAAAGGAGCACGAGAAUAUCAACUUGCUGGCAAAUGAGGCCGCAGCGAAAGAGGCAAGCAAGAUGAAGAGUAGUUUCCUUGCGAACAUGUCCCACGAGAUUCGAACUCCAAUCGCAGGAGUUUUGGGCAUGUCUGAAUUGUUAAUGGACACUCCGCUCGACGAGGAACAAAGCGAAUUUGCUCAGAACAUCCAGAGGUCUGCGAACUCUCUCUUGACCGUCAUCAACGAUAUCCUUGAUUUCUCCAAGAUCGAAUCCGGCCGACUUGAUAUCGAGGAGGUACAGUUCAGCCUCGGCGUUGUGCUUCAAGAUGUUGCCAAAAUGCUCUCUUAUGCCGCUAAGCGAAAGGAGCUGGAUUUUAUUAGCGACAUCCAACUUUCGCAACUAAACGAUCUCAUCUUACUCGGCGACCCCGGCCGGAUACGACAGAUCUUGACGAAUCUAUUGACCAACAGCAUCAAGUUCACCUCAGAUGGGUAUGUAAGAAUGAGCGCACGAAUCAUUGCCGAAACUGCAGAUACGACGACUGUCGAAUUCUGUGUCGAAGACAGCGGUAUUGGAAUCGAGGAGGAAGUCAAGAAGAGGCUGUUCAGACCUUUCAGUCAAGCAGAUUCGAGCACCGCUAGACGCUUUGGCGGUACAGGGCUCGGUCUGACAAUAUCCAAAAACCUUGUUGAGCUGAUGCACGGGACCAUCAGUCUUGAAUCGAAGCUUGAUGCUGGAACUACAGCCAUCUUCACCAUUCCGUUUAAAAGGCUCGAAUAUAAAGCGGGCUACACUCCAGAUCUACUCGAAGUCGGUAUGAUUCCAGAUCGGCUACAGUCUGAACUAUCUUUAUCAAUGACCGGAUCUUCGAGGGACGAUACCCGUGCAACUCGUGGACUUUCUACUCCUGGCAAGGCACCCACAACCUCACCAGCUCCUCUCAAUGAGCACCGCCCCUCGUUAACAGCCCAAUCUUCUGGACAACAGACCCCCACGCCCGAGUUAGAGAGGGAUAAAUUCCAUAUACUUGUCGUUGAAGAUAACCCUGUCAAUCAGCAGAUUGCGCUUAGAUUUAUCAGAGCCCUUAGAUUUUCUGCCAGCGCGGUGUGGAACGGCAGGGAGGUCCUCGAGUAUCUACUUAAAGCGACUUCCCCCAAUCUGACCUCUGAGGAAGCGGCGCAAUAUCCCAUUCCGUCGCUGAUUCUCAUGGACGUCCAAAUGCCCGUUCUGGAUGGUUACCUUGCCACACAUAUGCUGAGACAUCAUGCGCCUUUCACAACGAUUGAGGCAAUCAACAGUAUACCCAUCGUGGCAAUGACUGCGUCUGCGAUCCAAGGCGACAGAGAGAAAUGUGAGAGGGCCGGCAUGGACGAUUACCUGGCAAAACCUGUCAAGAGACCGGCACUGGAAAAGACGAUACUGAGAUGGAUCACGAGUGGGCGAGAUCUUCUCGCCCAAUCUCGAAGAGCGUCUCAAGAUACCAUAGGGCCGUCGCAACAUACCUAUGCAGGGCCACUUACGGAUAAUUCGUCGACUUGCACAGACCACGAGGCCAUUGCCCUCGAGCUCCUUGCAAAAACCCACAACAGCGAAGUUGAUCUAGACGCACCGCCUGUCUCGGGUGCAGAGAAAGCGCGUGCUCGCAGGUCGAGCAUCUCCAGAAACAUUCUUGAGAGAACGAUUCCAGGUGGGGAAGGAGAGGGCGACCGCGCCAAAAGACGAGCGGACGCGGAAGACAAGGCUAGGGUACUUCGGGACGCGAAGUUGUUGUCUGCCACGGACCGCGGUCAUGGUCAUCCCAGCGUCGCACCCCAAGUCACGGUUGGCGAGGCUUUUCCUCCGAAUCUCUUGCCAUCGGGGGCACAAGAUACUCCGCCUGAGGAUCCAGGCAUCGACAUAAACGAGUCUCCGAUGGCGCUGACUGAGGAAAAUGUUUCCCUUUUCAACUUCAAUCAGGAUGGUGAGCCUCCUUCUCGAAGAUCGUCGUCGCCGAUUAUUGCAUUGGAUGCGCUCUCUGUCCCUAUGUACGACAUACCUGGACCACCUCCCGAGGAAUUACUUGAUGUCGAUUUUGCCAGCCCUAGCUCUGACCCCAACCUGAUCCAGUCGUUACUGGAGGCUCAGGAGCCUCCCCCUGAUAUGGAGUUACCGAAUCGACCUGGCCUGAACCCUGUCCAGCAUCGACCACACCUCGGCGGAAUGUCGAGGGAAGCUCGACAGAGCAGUGAGUGGAGUGAGAGCACGGCUCGGCCGGCAAAAUCCUGAACGCACCUAUCACGAAAUGCACAUAUUGAUAUUCUGCUGUCUUCGAUGCAUAUAAUUUUAGGGGCGGCAUUGUAGCAACUAUGUUGAAGCCUUGCGUUAGAGUCUUCACUUUUAUGAAGUUCUGGUGUUCUGGCGUAUGAGAAUGAGGGACUGGAUAUCGAUAUUACACCUCC